AUGCUGAAGAAUCUUCGGCCUGGUGUGCAGGUUUUCUUUACCUCCGACGAAGGUGAAAACUUGGACGGUGAGAUUUUGUUCUCCGAUGAUAAUAGGAAGUUCUUCAUGUUUCAGCGGCCCGCGAAAUCUGGUCUCCAGAAUACGUACGACGUGUACCUGUAUCGGCAUGAUAACGUAAAAGAUAUGCGGAUAGUUAAACAGAAUAGUGUAACAUCGUUUCCCGAGAUUGAUUUAGACAAGAUAGCCGCACGGUCCCUUCAUAACGAAGAAGUGGAACGUGAGCGAUUGAAGCUUUUCGAAUCCGAUGUCCCAAAAAAUGUGCGCGAUCUUGCUGAGCAUUUGUCUAAAACCUUACCGGCGGAUCCAAAAAUGCCUGUUCAUUGGGAAAAACCUGAUCUCCAUGUCCUCGAACAAACUGUUAUAAAACCUCCCUACUCCGUUGAAAGUGUACAUCAAAAAAAUGAUUCCACUAAGGCAAAGGACGAGCGCAAUUACAUUCGUAAAUUGGUUGAAAACUUUUACACGAAACGGAGUUCUCCAUCUUGA